GAGCUAUCUGAGCCCAUCUUGUCUCCUUGAAGGCAGCAAAACCCUCGGAAAGCUUUGCUGCCAUAAUAGCACUUUGUGGCUUUACUGUAAUCACCUGGUGGCAGAGAAAGCAUGACUUUGGGACUCUCAGCACCUUGAGAGGGCAGAGGCUGCUGCUCUCUCCAGCAAGAGGGUACCCUGGAGGAACCAGCCUCUAUGCACCUGCCUGAAGAUGAGCUACAACACAACCAAAAAUGCAGCAGUCGCAGCGCCAGAAUCACUAUGAGCAAGACCGGAGUGCACUUAAGCGGAAGGAAUGGGAGAGAAGAAACCAGGAAGUCCAGCAAGAUGAAGAUCUCUUUGCUUCGGGUUUUAACCUCUUUGGGGAACCCUACAAGACAAAUAAAGGCGACGCCCUUGCAAACCGUGUCCAGAACACAUUGGGAAAUUAUGAUGAGAUGAAGGAUCUGUUAACCAACCACUCCAAUCAGAGCCACCUUGUAGGAAUCCCAAAGAAUUCUGUCCCACAGACACCCAUUGACAAAAAUGAACAGAACUUUUUCCCAGAACCGAGGAACAGGAUGAUCCCAUCUCAUCAGAUCAGUGGCAACUCAUCAACAUCAAUGCCUCCGCCUUCUUCAUUGUCAUCUAAUUCUACUUUGCUGCACAGCCACCAGAGCAGCAGGAAGUCGAGGACAGACUGGUCACGCAGUGGUCACAACUCCAGUGGGGCCCAGCCAAGCCAGCCCAGUGGUCAGCAGAGUCGGACAAAGCACAGCUCUUCUCAUGACCAGUCACAGGGCAGGUAUGAAGAUCUCUACAAUUGCCAGAGUGAGCAGCAUAAAAGUGGGGGAACUGAGGAAGCAAGUGCUAUGGCAACAUCUUCACAUUCAAGGAGGCACACUCAUGCAAAGUCAGCACCUGGAGAGCACACUUACAAAGAAAACAGUCAUUCAAAGUCACCCACAGAGCUUGAGUUUGUAGGCCAUGGUCCUGGAUCUCCACUUCCUUCCACUUCUUUGUUAACUGCAAACAAUGGUCUUUCAACUCAGAAUUUCCCACCAGGACUUCACUGUAAAAACAGCAUGGUCCAGCAAAAGCCUACAGCCUAUGUCAGGCCUAUGGAUGGUCAGGACCAGGUACCCAAUGACUCACCUGAACUGAAACCCCCAAUAGAAAUUGAGAGUGGAUAUGGAAAUCAGUCCUUUGGAGCACUGCUGGAAGGAAAAGUGAACACACCUAGUUCGAAGAACAAGGUACCAAAGCUCAACAUUCCUCCUGUUAGUGAAGUUGCCCUUCCCAAUGACUCCAGCUGUGUGGAAGAAAUACUGCGGGAGAUGACCCAUUCCUGGCCUCCUCCUCUCACUGCUAUUCACACUCCGGGCAAGGCCGAGCAGACCAAGUUUUCUAUCCCAAGCAAGGACUCCCAACAUCUGACCUCAGGAUACAAUGUACAAAAGUGGAGUGAUCCAGCAGGGAAAGUUGCAACUAAGUCAGUGCCACAAAAGUCAAUGCUUGAGGAUGAUCUAAAACUCAGCAGUGAUGAAGAUGAUAAUGAUCAGGCUGCCGAAAAGACAAAAUUGAGAAACAUUCCUGUAAACAGCCUGCCAGUGCCAGUGGCACACGCCGCUGGCUUGGCCCAUUCCAGCGGCGGCUCCGGCAGCUCCAGCGAGUCCGAGAGCAGCUCCGAGUCCGACUCCGACAGCGAGAGCAGCUCCAGCGACAGCGAGUGCAACGAGGAGUCACGCAGUGCCACGCCAGAGCCCGAACCCCCCUCAACAAACAAAUGGCAGCUGGAUAAAUGGCUAAAUAAGGUGAACCCCCACAACAAGACCAUCAUCAACAAUCAGAAUGAGCCUCACAGUGAGAGCAGCUCCCAGGCCCAGAGCAACCAGCAGGCCGAAGGGCCAAACAAAGGGAAGCUCAACAGCAGCCUGCCCCCGACCGAUUCCAAAGACCGGGCGAUCCUUAGUCCCAUCCGAGAGAAAGCCAAACCACGGGUUGCCCAGAAAACCCCAGAGGCAAAAAGCUCCAAGCAGAAGUCACCAGCUCAUAAUGAGCCAACUUCACAAAGGACUACUGGGAAAAAGCAACCCAAAAAGGUAGAAAGGACUUCCAGUGUAGAAGAGUAUAACUGGCCCAAACCAAAUAAUACCAGCAACACUCCCAAAGAAAAAGACACACAGGAACCCCCCGAGCAGCCAAAGGUUCGAACUAAAGCAGCAGUUGGGAAGACAGCUCCAAGGAAAGAACCACGAACUAGCACAGGUCUCACUUCAGAGAAGAAAAAGUACAGAGGCCCCAGCAAAAUUGUCCCAAAGUCACGGGAGUUCAUUGAAACUGAUUCAUCUACUUCUGAUUCAAACACAGACCAGGAGGAGAGCUUGCAGGCAAAGGUGCUGCCAGCCUGCACUGGGUCUGGCAGUGGUGUCAAAGUGAAGGACUCUGGCAGUAACAUCCUCAGCGUAAGUAGCUUAACCAGCAAUAGCAGCAACACAUCCAUUGACCAGACCAGCAACGACCUGGAGGAGCAGCUCUUUUCUCCUAUCCCAAUCGUACAAAAUGAACUUCUGUCCCCACUGAGAGAAUAUGAAGAACUCAAAUCUCUGUGGGUGAAAAUAGACCUUAGUUUACUCUCUAGGAUACCUGGACAGGAAACUUUUGAGACCACGUCUGUGAAAAGUGAACCAAGAGAGGCAAAUGUGAAACACAGGCGACCAUCUCGAGAGUCCCCUACCCCAGCAGCUGAAAAACCCCCCACCAAAUCCAAAAGAAAACAUAAGCAGACAGAAAGCCUGGAAACCUUUGUUGAAAGCAAGAAGCAGCGCCUGGAGGAGCCUCCAGCUUCCUGUCUGCUCCCACCUUGUAUCUCUCCAAUACCGAACCACAGAAUAACCAGCACUAAAGAGAGCAGCAGUAGCUCGGUGAAGAAGGUGACAAAGAAGAGAGAAGAGAAGUUGUUCCCUCCUCCCUUGUCCCCGCUCCUGGACGAUCCUGUGCACCGGCGGCACGGCAGUGACAGCAGCUCCUUCAGCCAGGAGCCUGCUGUCACAAACCCCUCACAGACCAGCAGCUCUUCCUCCUCUGUUUCUAAACACAGAAAGAAUGAAAAUAAAUCUUCUUCUAACCCCAAAGGAAUCUGUGAGGAAGAAUCUCACAGUACACCCACAGCCAACACUCUCCUUGACACCAGCCAUCUAGAACCAGACCUCUGGUCUGCAAUGCCAACGCUUUCCAAUGGGAAUUCUGAGCCCAGAAGACCCAAAAUAACAUUUGAUGAUGUGCUGCACAAUGCAGAUUAUUACAUGCAAGAGGCUAAGAAGCUGAAGCAUAAAGCAGAUGCACUGCUGGAGAAGUUUGGUAAAGCAGUGAAUUAUGCUGAUGCUGCCCUCUCCUUCAUCGAGUGUGGGAACGCUAUGGAGCGAGAUCCAUUAGAAGCUAAAUCUCCAUACACCAUGUACUCAGAGACUGUGGAACUCAUCAGGUAUGCAAUGAGACUCAAGAAUUUCACAGGCUCUUCUGCCACAGAAGGGGACAAGAAAUUAGCAGUUUUAUGCUACCGAUGCUUAUCACUUCUCUACUUGAGAAUGUUUAAACUAAAGAAGGACCAUGCUAUGAAGUACUCCAGAUCUCUGAUGGAAUAUUUUAAGGGUUUUACAAGGUGCUACACAGACGUGAAAGGCAGAAUGAGUAAGCAGAACUCUUCAAAAGCCUCACAGGCCCCCUCACCUUGGGGCGGCAAUGGAAAGAGCACAGAAACCCCCUCGCCCAUGUCCCUGAGCCCGUCCCCCGUCAGCUCUGCUGGGAGCAGCUCGGGCACCGCCGGCUCUUCCUCGGUGGGGACCAUCACCAUCCCCCAGCGCAUCCACCACAUGGCUGCCAGCCACGUCAACAUCACCAACAACGUCCUGCGCAGCUACGAGCACUGGGACAUGGCUGACAAGCUGACCAAGGAGAACAAAGAGUUCUUUGUAGAGCUGGACUCAGUGAUGGGACCCUUAACACAACACAGCAGUAUGACCAAUCUGGUUCGUUACGUUCGCCAGGGACUCCACUGGCUCCGCAUUGAGGCUCAUUUGUUGUAGUGACUGCUGCCCUGUUCAUGACAUCCCCAUUCUUCUACCUCUACCAGCGCAGAGACGAUCACUGGUGGAACUCCACUCAUUUUUGGAAGUUUAUUCAUGUAACUUCAUUUUUAUUGCCUUUUUUAAUAUCCUAUCUAUUGGAAGUAGAAGUCACCAUAAAUGAAACUUAUGACUCAAGAGCAGUAUGUGUUGUACCAUCUAAUCAUCUUUGACAAUUUUCUAUGCCUUGUGUCUCCUGGAUCCUGCCAUCCUUAUGUGCUUUAUGGAACGGUACAUUCCCUGCAGUGUUGUUUUAAGUCCAUGCUGCCUUCAAGUGAAAACAAAAAAAAGCACUUUGAGAAGAUAUGGAUUCCUGAGAAAUAGUACAAAGCGUCUUAAAUAUUUGAGGGUAUGAGAAGUCCCUUCUGAAAUAAAUUAGUAGAAGUUAUAGCUAUUCACUCAAAAUCAUCUUCUGAACCUGAACCAAGCUUUUCGACGCUUAAUUCUGGCAUCAUUACCUGACUCAGUACAUUCCUAAGAUUUCAUACUCCCUAUGGGUUUAAUCUCUAAAAGAGAAUGUUGAAUAUCUUACAGGUACAUAAUGUAAGAUCACCAAAGGUGUUAAGAGGUAAAAGGUUGAAGGAAUGCCUCAUUAAAGAAUGAUGACACACUAUGCAAUGAGGUUUUGAUAUUCCAUUCUUCCUGUUUAUUGUUGGCUUAAUAAUUUCAAUAGGCAGCAAAAUUUCUUGCAGUUUUUAGGCAGUUUCAAAAUAUUAGCUUUCUUAGUCUUAUCUACCAUUCCUAUACUAGAUCUGUGAAUUUUCUUUCUGUUUUACUGUUUAGUCUCAAACAAAUACCUAUCCAAGAUUUUUUUUCAUAGAACAAUCUCUCCUUGCAUAGUGACUCACUGAAAGCAGAUUUUAACAGGACUGCUGCACUCUAAGCAUUGAUAUUGUAUGUAAAAGUCCAUUAAUAAGUGUAUGCAGAUUCUUCAUUAACUAUCUAGAAGUUUAACUAACCAGCUACUGUUGAAACAUUAUAAUUCCAUGUGGCAUCAAUUUUCACCUGUUUUGUUCAUUUCAUAGCGUUAGAAACGAACAGUAUUAUCUUGCUAUCUUGAAAACAAUGUCAAAUUAAAUAAAAUCACCAGAUUUACCCAAAAGCAAUAUAACAUUUGUUUAAUAAUGGCCAUGAAUACUUCAGUCAGAUUACCUUUUCUCCAAGCUCUGCAUCUCUUUACCCAUGCUGUCAUGUUUUGGACCAUUCCUCUAAUGCGUGAAUAAUAAUGAGACAAUUCAGAUAGAAUUUCAAAGCAAUUGUGAAUAAACUGCACCAUUUCACAUUUGCUCUUUCCUCUUAUUUUUUUCCCCGUUAUAAACUGCACUGCUCUUCUGGAGCCACUGAAAGAAGCGCUGGUGCAUGAAACAAAACAAAAUGAAUUUAUAUCAAUAAUUCACAAGACUUUAAAUGGUCUCAUCUCAUUCUUGAUAUAACGCCUGCAUACCUUACUGAACUGUAAAUUCCAUUUCUAUAAACAGAAAAUCCUCAUAGCAAUGUAAAUAUUAUUCUGUCUCAUCUCAUUGAAAUAAUACAAUAUGUGUAUUAAAUGCCAUCCAGAUAUUAGUUAAUUGCAAUUACCUUCUGCUUUAUAAACCUGUAUAUUCUUUAAUCUGGUGAGUUAUUGGAUUCUACUCACUGGGUUGUGACCAGAUAAAUAGGACAAAUUUGCAUUUAAAAGGUUCAGACUGUUAAGAUUUUUAGAGCAGGCCUUGGAUAUUUGCAAUAAGAGCAGUUUAAGGACUCUGCCCAGUGCACAUUUAAGACAAACAUUUCUGUAGCUGUUGCAUAUUAGCUCCCUGUAGUAGUACUUUUUCUUAAAAAUCAAUAAUUCCUAACAUUUUAUUCCACAAAACUGUAUUGUAAACACAGCCAACAUGCAUCAUUAGAGAAAUCAUCCAGUGUAGGGUUUUCUGCAAAGGACAUUUGCAGAACAUGUCCAUCCUGUAUUAUCUGCACAUUCCUGUUCCUAAAGUGUUUGAUUCACCCUUAUCUGUUCUCUGAGGGUUUCAGUAACAGAGAUGAAACCUGAAUCUGACACAUUGGUCACGCCAACUCUGGCCCCAGCAGCUAAUGAAUAAAACCAGUGAGAACUAUUCAGAAAUGUAGAUGAAUGGUGGUGGUCGGUGUUUUUUUAAAGAAAAAGAAAAUGAAAAAUUUGAAAUAUUUUUUUUAACAGGUUGGGUACUUUAGAUGGCCUAAGUUUGGGCUGGUUUUGUCAUAAGCCAGAGUUUUCCAUUCUUUUUGCAAGUAACUAUUCAGUCUAAUGAAGUGCAUUGUCAUCACUUGCUCCUUUAAUGUAGAUUGAAAUCCAAGACUUCCAUGCAUUUACAAGGAAUAGCAAUGUCUUGAAAGACAGUCUUCAGGCACAGAACUCUUCAGAGUUUGCUGCAGUCGCUCAGUGAUCACCACAUAUUAUCUUUUUCCUGUUGCUUGUGGUAAACAGGUUCCUAUCUCUAAAUUUACCCCAUGUUCACAGUCUUUUGCUUGAACAGCUUAAGGAAUUAGCCCUCCUGAGUUUGUAUCCUGUGACUGAGGUUGAAAUGUAUGUUGAAUCAAUGGCAUGAUGAUAAUAAGUCCAGCAGUCAAGUGUAGGAUCACAAGCCAACUUACUGUUUAGCAGUCUUGUUUCAAAAGCAGCUUAGAAACAAAUUAAAUAUGGAGAGUAAAUUGCUGUCUUAUCCCUGGGGAUGAUGCUUCUUUUGGGUUAGUUAUUAAGGAUUAUUGCACUUUUACAGGCACUAUAUUCAUCUCAUUUAAAUUGCCAACAUGUCAUCUUCGUGGAAUCAUUUUACCCCUUAAAAUAUUACUUCCAGCAGAGCUAAUCAAAUAAGAUUGUUUGUUUGUUUCAGUCCAUGGGGAAGCAGCAUGUCUGUGCUUGGGCAUUUGCAGUGUCUGCACUUAAAACUACCCAAUUCAGGCUUUCUAACUCAUUAACCGAGCACCAAAAAUUACAAGAUUGGCUUAAAAUUGUAGUUUGGUUUUAGUUGUUUUUUUUUAAAUAAACUCUUUGGUUCCUGUAUUGCCUUCUGGAUGGUGAGCUUUGGGAUUGGUUUCAUUACACAUUUUCAGGCAUUUUACAAGCAUGCCAAGGGCUGGAACUGACACAUUUCUUUUUAAUGGUGAUAAACUGGAACAGUGAUAGAAUCUCUUGACUUCUGUAGCUGGAUUUAAGAAGGACACCGAGCUUUGUAGAACACUGCCAGAACUGACAAGACUGUCAUCUGUGACCCAUGCCUGAAAAGGUUUGGAGCAAUAUCAAGAGUUCAGCAGUGAAGGGAGCAGGCCUGUAAAGGACUAAGCUCAGGAAUUUUGGGUGAAAGACCCAAGGGCAGCAAAUUCCUAAAUGCUCAAGAGAGGCAUUUACAUAGCACUUAACCUCCACUUCAAGGGCUGCAGCAGGUCUUAAGUAUUUGACAAUGUGCAGGCAGAAUAUCCAGCUCCAAGUGCAGUGAACAUCUCCAGCCAUGGGAUGUGUGUUGGGUGCUCAAGAGCAGGGAGCUGAAGGAAAGCCUUUUACUGAUCAUGUUGGUGGAAAUUUUCACAGCUUGCAUUUUAAUUUCACUUUUUCUUACAUGUUCUUUGGACUUUCAAUUAUUGAAAUAUUCUCUCUGUGAAAAAAAUUGCCUCAUUUAUAAAUUAUCUCCUUUGAAAAGUAGAGACAGAUCUGUUGAUAGUUAUGUGGGAGAUUUUAAAAAAUAGGAUUGGAGAUCUUCAUUCCUCCUAAAGAAACAAAAUACACCAAUUGAAUCUGGAAUUUAAUUUCCAUGCUUUUUUAAAAUUCACAGAUUUUAUUAUGGUCUUCUGUUAUGAUGGUUUAUAUUCACCGAUGUUGUUAGGUACUUUAGAAAAAAACUGUUUCAGUGAGUUUUUAUCAGCAUUUAAUGCUGUCUAAAUCAAAUUAUUACUUUUGUGAGUGUAAAUUAACAGAUAACAAAAAUGGGGCUGGUAGGGAUUCUGACUUUAGUAUUAACAUACUUCAUUACUUGGAGUUCAGGAGAAACUCAGUGCAGCAUUGAAGCAAGCCCAUGAGUGUGAGUGUGUGUACACAUCUGUGUGGAUUUAUGUGUAGAUUUGCAGCAGAAAGCUCCUGCUCAUUACUUCAUAGCACAGGAGAAAAGAUAUGGUAGCUGUGAACAGAAAACAGUCCUACCACUGCAAGUGGUAGUGGCAUUAUUCAAGUGUUCCUCUGCAGUUUGUGCAUAGUCCUGUUUGCAUCUACUGCCUCUUGCAGACAAUGAAGUGUGCAGGAAGUAGCAACAACUCUGUCAUUUUAGUCCUGUGGUCCCUAAAGUCAGUGUAAGAAUGAAUGUGCUGUGUAACUCAUUUGCCAUAGACCAGUGUCUUGAAGUUUUAAGAAUGACAAAAUAUUUAACAAGUCACCAAAGAAAAUUAAAUUGCCAUUCUGGAACAAGUGUAGAAGUGUCCCAGCUUUAGGCAGGCUGUAGACCAAGGGAUCUUUGCAAAGGGCCUUUCCCUCUCAGCAUCUCGCUGACCUCACCUGAAUACACUGGGAGUGAGGCAAAGGGGAUGAAGAUGGAAAACUAAUCUACUUGUUCUUAUGACAUCUUCCAGCUUUACUUUGCAUGCUACUUUAUAAAUACAAUAUAAAAAUAUAUAAACAAAAAUAUAAAAACAAAUAAAACCUAAUGCUGGGAGAGCUCAAUUCCUCAGUUUCCAGUAAUCCUCCUGAACUUCCAUUAUAUAACCUGAGCACACCAGUGCAUACAGGCAUUCUCUGUUGUCUAAAAAGAUAUGUCUGUAUGGGGGCAUAUUUUGGUUAUAUCACUUGAUAUUUAGCCUAAAUUUAUAGGCUAAAAGCUAUUAGGGUCUCCUUCAUUACUGAAACCUCUCUGCCACUGAAUGCAAAACGUUCCUGCCUGACUUAAAGCAGUCAUCUUCUCCCCAGUACCCUUGUCAGACCUGCCUUUCUGAUGGACUUCAUAGCUUUCCUUAAGCCAUUUUGUUUUUGAGAUGUUUUGUCUUCCAGGAUCAGGGAUUCUGAUCAUCUCACACCACUUUAAACCUCUUGUGGUCGCUGCUGAAGUCAGGAUAGAUUGCAUUCAGAUCUUGUGUUCAACUUGGGGGAGGAUGUGGCUCUGUAGAGAGAUGAGAGCCAAUUCAGGUGCAGAUGAGUUACUACAUAAAACUGGUGUCACAUGAAAAUCAAACCUGGCCUCAUCAGGAGGCACUGCAGCAGAAAUACUGUGAUGAAAAGCUGUUCCCAGAAUCACAGGGUGUGUAGUGACAUGUCAGGCAGCUCACUGGCACUGUAAUGAUAUUAGGCAAUGGUAAAAAUGUCAAGAGUGGUUUAAAGAAAUUGGGGCAAGCUGCUGUGGUCUGGCAUUGUGAAUUUAAGCUGAGUGUGCUUCUUGGGAAAGGGGAUUUAUUACUGUUGAUGUGUCCUGCAAAAUAAUACCUAUACCAUGGUAUCCUGUGAAAUCAGAAUACAGCACCACCACUCCCAAUUCUUCAACGCACCUCAGAGUGCCACCUCAUGUCACACAGAGGUAAUUCUGGUCACCACCCUGAAGUCACCAUCCAGUUAAACCAUUAUUUUUACUUUAUUUUUACAAAGAAGCAAGGACCAAGCCCAAAGGCCCGGCAGCCACUGUGGGCAGCAUUGUGUGACCUGAUGUUGCUUCCCACAGGCUGUGGAGCCACAGGGAGUUCCUGAGCCCUCAGCCUGCUCUGGGUGUUGGACUACUGCAGGUCUGGGUGGUUGGAGCCCCACACAGCCCUGCCCACUGUGCUGGGGGAGCAGUGCCGUGCCCAGGAGGGCCGAGGGACCCCAGCCCCACUGCCUGGGUGAGCAGAGCUGUGGCUCUGCAUCGCUUUCGGGUCUUUGUCUCUGCAGCUGCAGGUGGACUGGGAUGGGAGCACUCAUUUGCACUUGCACUGCAUCUGGAAAUGCCAGUCAAGCUGACAGGAGCCAUGCACACGGUGACAGCGUAGAACUCAGUCCAUAUCCACUGAACACAGAUUUAAUUUAAUUUGUGGAAUUUAAUUCUUGGUGUCCACAGGACCACUCGUGUUUACAGGACUCCAACUGAGUCCCACUGAUGCCAGUCUAAAAAGUCAUGUGAGUGGACAAUGCAGCUGUUUGAGGCUUGUUUUCUUCUUUGAUUUUAACUGAGUUACUCUAUCUGCAAGUUUCAUAAGCUCUCUGUGCUAGAUAUAAAUUUACUCACAGCUGUGUGAGUGUCACCCUAUUGUAAUACCAUUGAAAGACCCUUCAAGUAUAGAUAGCCCUAAUUUCCACUCCGUUAUCUUCUCAGAAUUCAAAGGAAGGUCAGAUUCUGAGGUGAAUUUAAUUGUUUUAUUGAACAGCAGUAGCUACAGUGGACCAAAAUUUGAGCUUAGCAAAUGUAAAGUAACUUGGCUCAACUGGUGGAAUUCAUGGGACCAAAUUCUUCUGUCAUGUGGCAUUAGUGCAAGUCUUACAGAGCUUAAUGGCAUAGCCUUACUGGAGUUGUGUGUAUUAGGCCAGAACUUAAGUUGCAUAAACCCAAUUAAUUGAAUGGAAUUCCAUCCAUUUUUGUUCUGGCUGGGCACUCAUCUCAGUGAAAGUAGUUCAAGGUCUGCGUACUAGAGCUGGAAUAACUGCAAGCAGAUUUGCUCUUCAACCAGACCAUGUGUUGACUCAGCCCUGGCCCAGGGAAACCACCACUGACUUCAUGACAAGUAACAAUGGCGUGGACACGGCAAAGCUUUGACCCACUGGCAGGAGACAUUUACCCUUGAAUUUAUGAAAGAACUGGAUUGUGAACAGCAACACAAAUGUUUUAUUGAUAACAGAGGUAGAGUACAAGUUCUUCAGUUGCUCUAAACUGGUAAAGGAGUACUGAUUUUAGUGGAGUUCAUCCAAUAUGCACACACCAAGGAGCAAACCCUCUAAUCCCAGACUAAUUUUUGCCAGUUUGUCUCUAUGCAGAUAGACUCCCAAACCUUUUAUCAUCAUGCCUUUUUACUGAUCAUGGCACUGAAAUAAUUAACAUACCAUAAUCCUUGCUUGUGAAGAAGUAGUGUACUUUGCAAAGCUAUGCCGUGUACAGCACGUCAUAAAACUGCUUUAGACCACAAGUCUAGAGAUUUUGUUUUCAGAAACGAGACGAGCAGAGCAUCUUCUGAUCUGAUGUCGAUUACACCUCACUCUGCACUUUUCAUACAGAGUGAUGGCUGCAUGUUUCUGAUGACUGUGGGCCAAAGCUUCAGCUGAUGUGCCUCUAAGUAGCUCUGUGGAUGCCAGUGCUGUUUUACACCAGCUGAAAAACCAGUCCUCUCCCUUUUCACACUGUGCUGCAUGCCCUAAUGCAGCUCUAUAAAUGCACACUGAGGCUGAGCAUAUAUUGAACUAUUCCAAUUCAGUACUAGAUAAUCCCUGCCAAAAAAAAUGGAGGGUAAUUUCUGCUUGCCAUCUAGGCUUGCAUAUGUUUUGGGUUUAACUAAAGGCAUGUUGCAAUUUCAUUACCUACCAGUUUAAAUAUUUACUGGCAUCAGCAUUAGCUUGCAUAGAAAAAUGGCAAAUAAAUUCAGACAUGUCAUAAAUGCUCUCAGUCUAGAGACGGAAUCUGUUACUUUAGCUCAAAGACAUUGCAGCAGGCUAAAGUGUUUUUUCUAAGCCAGUUGGGUUCUGUACAUUUAGAAGUCAUGGCAAAUAUUUAUCUAGGCCCAAUUCUGCUAUUCUUCCCCUGAGCAUCCUGGUUGGAAGGUUGCUCCACUGAAGUCCACAGCAGUAACUGUGUGAAUUGGUGCUCAGCACACAGAUUGCAGAAGCAGGCACUGAAUAUGUUAGGUUGCUGCAAUCAGGAGUUUAAUUUUAGCCAUAUGUAUCAUUUGAGGACACUUAAAAAUUAUGUACAUUUUAUCCAAGAUGACAGUCCUUGUAUUUCCAUAAAAUAUUGUAUAACUUAUUCCUGUCUGUAUUUUUGACAUCUCUGGAUUGCAUAUCUUCUACUGAAUCUUAAAUUCUGUUUUUUUUUAAAUCCACAUUCAAAAGGUCUAGGACAUACCAUCACAGAAUAUAAAAACAAGUCAAAGAUCUGGUGAUGUUUUGCUUUGGUUUUGAGCUCUCCUUCAGUUUGUGUUUUGGCUUGGCUGUGGCACUCCCAGAAUUUUUGGAAUGGCUCAACUCAAUUCAAGUUUCUUCCUGUCUUUUAGGGGAAAAAAAAGCAAAAUACAACUAAGGUUCAGGAAAAGCAAUCCCGGCAAACUUGGUGGCUGUUUGCUCUUUCUAGCUGUCCUGAUUUUUUAACCCUGCCAUGUUGGGAGUAGUCUAGUCUGUGGGUUCUCUCACCCACCAUUUCUGGCUGUUGUGACAAAUACUAUUUUUUUGCUUUUUUCUUUUCUUUUGUGUGUGUGUGUGCGUGCGCAUGUAUAAUUAACCAAAAUAUCAGGAAAAUUUAUAUAUGCUUUCUUCUGGUUCCUGGAAAUAGAGCAACAUUAUGACCUUAUGGUCUUCCAGCAAAAGUCAGAUUUAAUUUCUGCAUUGCAGUGCAACUUAAUUAGCUAUUGGAAUUUGAUUAUGGUUUACUAAAUGGCCUUUUACCUUACGUUCUUAUGUUCUUACUUUUUAUUUACUAUUGAAGUAGCCUCUUCUUUUUCUCAUUUGUGCAAGUAUCAUAUCAAUAAUCAUUGCAAUUCCACAAGGUGUCUUUGUUCUGAACAAGCAUGUUAUUCUUGUAAAGUUUUAAGUAUAAGUUAAGAUGUUUUGUACAGACCAAGGUAACUGUUAAACUGUCAAGCAAUUACUGAAAUGUUGUAUAGUUAUAAAAGUUUGAUUUCUUUUGCUUUAUAUGUAUAAAAUUGUAUCUUGCCUGUUUUGCUUUGUAUUUCCAACGUGUUGCACAAUUAUGCAUUUUGUUUACAUUUGUUCCUUCUUCAGAAAAAAAAAGAAAUAACAGUAAUACUUUAUGUACAAACAUUUUAAAUGUACUUUUGUUGUUUUUAAACACAAUGUCUCUGUAUAAAUAAUAUUGGUUGAACUGGUACAUUCGUGUCUCUCAUAGAGGGAUUAAUUAUACUGCCAGUGCAUUGAAUUAUUUAAAAAAAAAGUAAAAUAAAAUUUUUAUGAAAAUGUAACCCA